AUGGCUAAGGGCGAGAAGAAACCGGCUGAGAAAAAACCGGCCGAGAAGGCUCCCGCAGAGAAAACUAAGGCUGAGAAGAAGAUCCCGAAGGAUGCGUCAUCCUCGGACAAGAAGAAGAAGAAGAAGGCCAAGAGCGUAGAAACCUACAAGAUCUACAUCUUUAAGGUUCUUAAGCAGGUUCACCCUGACAUCGGAAUAUCUAGCAAGGCCAUGGGAAUCAUGAAUAGUUUCAUCAACGAUAUCUUCGAGAAACUAGCUCAGGAGUCUUCUAGACUCGCUCGAUACAACAAGAAGCCUACCAUCACCUCUCGUGAGAUCCAGACCGCUGUUCGCCUUGUUCUCCCUGGUGAACUUGCUAAGCAUGCUGUUUCUGAAGGCACCAAGGCUGUUACCAAGUUCACUAGCUCAUGA